AUGGAUGCUAAUACCCGUAUAUUGAUUUACAUUUCUUCCGACACUUCUGCAGAUAACUCUGGACAAUCCGAUGAGGAUCUUCAGUUUGACUCAGAAGACCACUUUUUAGAUAACUGUGGACAAUCCGAUGAGGAUCUUCAGUUUGACUCAGAAGACCACUUUUUAGAUAAUUUUGGACAAUCCGAUGAGGAUCUUCUGUUUGACUCUGAAGAUGAUGAGUAUGCAUGUGAAACCUCCAAACUAGUGCCUUCAGAGAGGAAGAGCCUGCCGAGGAAACAUGUCAUAGAAAAACCAAAAAGUUGUUUUGCCGCUAUCAAUCACUCUAACAUUAAGCUUGUUUAUUUAAAGAGGAGUCUAGUUAAGGAACUUUUAAAGGACCUUGAAUCUUUUGAGACCAAAGUGGUUAGAAGCUUCAUUAGAAUCAAGAGUGACCCAAAUGACUACCUUCAGAAAAAUUCAUACCAACUUUUGCAAAUAACAGGCAUAAAAAAGAGCUCAGGAGUGGAAGGGGAAAUUCGCUUGCGAGCUUCUGGGUAUAUUAAAGACAUCACCAUUAAUAUGUUAUCAGAUGAUAACUUCUCUGAGGAGGAGUGUGAGGAUUUACAUAGAAGAGUAAAAGACGGCUUACUCAAGAGACCUACUGUUGUGGAUUUGGAGGAAAAGGCUAAAGUGUUGCAUGAAGAUAUCACUAAACACUGGCUUGCAAAUGAACUUGUCAUAUUACAAAAUCUUAUUGAUCGGGCAAAUGAAAAGGGCUGGCGAAGAGAAUUGGACGAGUACUUGGAAAAAAGGGAGAAGCUUAAUAGGCCGGAGGAACAGAAACGGUUAUUGCAAGAAAUUCCUAAAGUUAUUACAGAAAAUUUAGAAUCAGAAUCUACGACACCGGAUGUUCGAGAUAAAAAACUAAGAAGCGGUUUUGCUGCUAUUAAUCCUUCCAAUAUCAAGCUUGUUUACUUAAAGAGGAGUUUAGUCGAGGAACUUUUACAAGACCGUGAAUCUUUUGAGGCCAAAGUAGUUAAAAGCUUCAUAAGAAUCAAGAGUGACCCUAAUGACUAUCUUCAAAAAAACUCACAUCAGCUUCUGCAAAUAACAGACUGCUUAGAAGGUAUAAAGAGAUCAAGAGUGGAUGGGGAAAUUUGCUUGAAAGCUUCUGGUUACAUUAAAGAUAUCAGCAUUAACAUGCUUUCAGAUAAUAAUUUUUCUGAGGCUGAGUGCGAGGAUUUGCACAAACGAGUAAAAGACGGUUUACUCAAGAGACUUACGAUUGUGGAUUUGGAGGAAAAGGCUCGAGUAUUGCAUCUGGACAUCACUAAACAUUGGCUAGCAAACGAACUUGCUCUACUACAGAAUCAAAUUGACUUAGCAAAUGAAAAGGGAUACCUACUAAAAAGGGAGAAGCUUGAGAAUCCGGAGGAACAAGAACGGUUGUUGCAUGAAAUUCCUGUAGUUAUUGCAGAAAAUCAAGAGUCAGAAUCUACAACACCAGAAGUUCCAAAUAAGAAACUGAAAACCAGUUUCCAUGAGUUUUCAGAGACUUCUUCCUAUACAACAGCUUCAUCAGCGACCGGGGUCCGAGAGGCAGUUGCGGAUAAUUUUGCAGAUGAUUUUUCAGAUGAAGAAGAAUGGUUAUUCCAAGUUACUAUAGGUUAA